UACUUUUUACUUUUAUUUUGUAUAAUAUUGAAUGAGAAAAGUGCUUAAAUAAAGCGACUUAAUAUAUAAGGACUCAUAUAACCUAUAAUAACUUGCUUGGAUAUAUUGUGGCAUAGUUGAUUGUUCCAUUAUUUCAUUUUUUUCUUACUGUGAAAUUUUCUUUCUUUUUGAUAAGUUUUCUCCCAUUUCUUUUUUCCUUACAAGAGAGUUCCAUACAACUUGUAGAAUAAAAAUAACACUUUGAUCAUCUUCUUUUUCCUUUUUUUUUUCAGAGUCUAUAUAUAAUCAGAGAAAAAGAUAGCAAGAAAUGGUGACCAUAAAGAAUUUUUUCAAGAAGGCUUCUUCAGAUGAAAACAAAGAAAAACUGCUGCCAAAUGAUUAUGAUGAAAGAAAAGGCUGCUGCAAUUGUUUCAGUCCAUUGAAUGAUAAGUUUACAAGUUUUUUCAACAAUUUACAAGAUUUUGCUAAGAAAGCAAUCGAGAUGGGUCGCAACGAUCCUCGAAAAAUUAUUUUUUCCUUGAAAAUGGGAUUUGCUUUAUCUUUUGUGUCUCUUCUCAUUUUUUGGAAGAAACCUAAUGAUAUUGCUCAGUUCGCAAUUUGGGCAAUCUUAACAGUUCUUGUUAUGUUUGAGUUCAGCAUAGGAGCAACCUUAAUUAAAGGAUUUAAUCGUGGUUUGGGGACAUUUUGUGCUGGGAUGCUUGCCUUCAUCUUUGCUCAAUUAGCAUUGUGGGCUGGAGAAAGGGAAAGAGUUGUAAUUGUUGUGAGCAUUUUUAUCGUAGCAUUUUUUGGAUCAUACUUGAAGCUAUACCCAACAAUGGCACCAUAUGAAUAUGGAUAUCGAGUGUUUAUCUUGACGUAUUGUAUCCUAAUUGUGGCUGGAAACAGGACUAGAGAGUACAAUGUGGCAAUUUGUACUCGUUUGGCACUGAUUGCUCUUGGUGCUGGUAUUUGCUUGUUGAUUAAUAUAAGUAUUUACCCCAUCUGGUCUGGUGAAGAUUUGCAUCGUUUGGUGGUUAAGAAUUUCAUGGAUCUUGCAAAUUCUUUGGAAGGUUGUAUCAAUGGGUACUUAAGUUGUGUUGAGCAUGAUAGAGAUGCAAAUGACUCAGAAUAUAACGGUUACAAAUCUGUCAUAGAAUCCACAGGACGAGAACAAACAUUGCUUGGAUUUGCUAUUUGGGAGCCACCUCAUGGGCGUUAUAGAAUGCACAAGAAUCUGUGGAGAGACUUUGUUAAAUUAAGCAGUGCAUUGAGGCAUUGUGCAUUCAUGGUUAUGGCAUUGCAUGGAUGUAUCCAAUCAGAAAUCCAGUCGCCACCAGAGAAGAGGAAAGUAUUCCGUAAUGAGCUAAAGAGGGUUGGUGCAAAUGCUGCAAAAGUUUUACGUGAGCUAGGAACAAAGUUAGAAAAAUUGGAAAUGCUAGAUAGUCAUGGAAAUAUUCUAAAAGAAGUGCACGAGACAGCUCAACAACUACAGAAGAAAAUAGACCAUAAAUCAUAUAUUUUGGUCAAUUCAAAGAGUUGGGAAAUUGGAAAACCAAACAUUAAUCAUGAAGAUUCUUCAAGUGAAAAUGGUAGUGAAAAUUUGCCAUUAAGUUCUCGAUCUCGAUCACUAAGUGAAACAGCCAUUGACAUAAGUUCAUUACAAGCAAAUUGGCCACAAUUGGCAAAAGAAUCGUCUGAAUUUAGAAACUCAUCAUUUAGAAAGCAAAAUCAAUGGCCUUCACGUCUUUCACUUGCUGAUGGUGAUAUUGCUGAUACAUGUGAAAUGGAAACUUACUUAAGUGCGAGUUCUUUGUCUUUGGCUACUUUUGCUUCACUACUUAUUGAAUUUGUUGCAAGGCUUCAGAAUGUGGUUGAUAACUUUGAAGAAUUAAGUCAAAGGGCAGAGUUCAAAGAGCCAGAUGUUAUCAUCCCACCUAGUGCAAUAAAGAGUUAAAGAAUUAAUUAUUAAUCAUGUCAAUGUGAUCUAAUUCAAGUUGUGAGUUUUUUGAAGAUUCAAUUUGUGUGAAAUGAAAAGGUAAGAGAUAGUCAUUUGUUUGUUGUGUGAGGAGGAAAGGAAAUAGAAAAAUGAACAUUUGUAUAUUGGUGUAUGGAGUAUCUCUUGCAUCAUGAAUA